GUAAGACGUCACUCACACGGGCAUGUCACUCUCUCCGAGUGAUCGUGGCUUUACCGUGGGAAACAACGGAUAGAGAAGGCAAGAAAGAGAGGGAGGGUGGAGAUAAACACUUAUUGUUCUUGAGCAGCCUGAAACCGGAGGUGUGGCAUCUGCCGAGCGUUGUCGUGGAGACAGAGUGCUGGCUGCUCGCUUUUCCUUCUUCCUCUUAGCUGAUCCCUCAGACACUGAUCACAGGGAGGCUGAUCCUUAUGGCAUCUAGAGCAGCAGCCACAGCAGAGCUCUCUUGGUGGAUGCCAGACACAGCGAUUCACUCUCCUGUGGCGUUCAACCUUUCCUCUUGUGCGCUGUUGGACUAAAUUGGCUUCGGACAAUGAUGGAUGCGGUUCCAGGCUGAAGAGCAAAAAGUCUGGAUUUCAGUGGUGGAGAGGGACAGGUUUGGUCUGUCAGACCAAGGAUAGAGGAUAGAGACCUGGCUUCCGUUCUGGAGAGACAGACCGAGCCUUGACUGAAUAAGUGGCCAUGCUGUUCUCUCGAUUAUUGUUUGCUCUGGGGUUCACCCUCCUGCCCCUCCUCCUGUUUCAGUACCCCGUCCAUGCCUGCCCUGCCCGCUGCGAAUGUUCUGUGCCCACACGUUCUGUGUCAUGCCACCGCAGACGACUAGCAGAGGUUCCCGAGGGCAUCCCUAUAGAGACAAGGGUGUUGGACCUCAGUAAAAACCGUCUGCGCAUUGUGACGCCACAGAACUUCUCCUCACUUUUGCUACUUGAAGAACUAGAUCUCAGCAACAACCUGUUGUCCUCUGUGGAGCCCGGCAGCUUUCGUGCCCAGCCACGGCUACGCCAGCUCCGAUUGCGCAGCAACCAGCUAACCCUGCUUCCCCGUGGUGCGCUGGCUGGCAUCAGCGAGCUCACUCUGCUGGAUGUCAGUCAGAACCGUCUUGUUAUUCUGCUGGACUAUGGCUUUGAGGAGCAGCGGAGGCUGCGUGUGCUGGAGUUGAGUGACAAUGAACUUGUAUUUAUCGCCCCACGGGCAUUUAGCGGUCUAGUGUCUCUGCGCUCUCUGACGUUGCAGCGCUGCAACUUGAGCACAGUGCCCACACAUGCUCUUGCUCACCUGCAUGGCUUGACCAGCCUACGGUUGCGGGACUUGGGCAUUGCUGAGCUUCAGGCACAUGCAUUUAAGGGUCUACCGCGACUCAAACAUCUAGAAGUGGACCGCUGGCCUUUGUUGGAGGGGUUUCCCACCUCAGCUUUGCAGGGGCUGAACCUCAGCACACUGUCUGUUACACAUACCAACAUGUCAAUUAUGCCAGUCCUGACACACCUGUUGUAUCUAACACACCUCAAUCUGUCCUACAGUCGCAUACGGGUCCUGCCAUCAGGCUGGUUGCGGGGAAUGGACAGGCUAGAAGUUGUACGAGUGAGACAGGCUAACCUGCUCAACGUGGAGCCUCAGGCCUUUCAAGGGGCUACCUCUCUACGGCUUCUUGACGUUUCUCACAACAGUCUCACCACACUCCAGAGGAGUGUUUUUCCUGCCUCAGAGGCCCUGCAGAGUCUUCUGAUAGGUCAGAAUCCGUUAGUGUGUGACUGUCGUCUGCGCUGGCUGCUGGAAAGAACUCCACCUGUGCUGUAUGGAGAAGUUCAACCUGAGUGUAAUGCACCUACCUCCUUGGCUGGGAAACUCCUGAGGGAUCUGGUGGAACCUCUAAUCUCUCAUUACGUAAUCUGCACCAAGCCCAGGGUGAUAUCCAUGGCAACAUAUCCAGCACAGACGGAAGAAGGGCAAAGAGCUUGGCUAUACUGCAGUGCAGAGGGGGCGCCACCUCCCUCUGUAUCAUGGCUGACUCCACAUCGGAGGCACAUUACCACAAAGAGCACAGGUAGAGUGGUGGUCCACAGCAAUGGCUCAUUGGAGUUCCGCAUGGCAGAGCCUCAGGAUAGUGGCAUGUAUGUGUGUGUGGCUUCGAACCCGGCAGGUAACGCUACUCUAUCUGUGACACUCGUCGUUAAAAGCUCGGGAAUCAGAGACAGGGCUCUAUAUGCCAACCGCAGCUUGAUUUUCGACCCUGACUACAACAGCUCCCUGAUAAAUGGCACUGAGGAGUACACCAUAAGGGUGGUGCUGGACUUCACCACCAUCCUGGUUUCCACAGCAAUGGGCUGCCUCAGCUUCCUGGGAGUCGUUUUGUUCUGUUUCCUCUUGUUGUUUGCAUGGAGCAGAGGCAAAGGGAAGCACAGAGGAAGCGUGGACAUCCAGUAUGUUCCACGAAAGAGGAAGGGUGUGAAUUCAGAACUUACAGAAACAAGCGGGCCCAGACGAGUCAACAUGAAGAUGAUCUGAACUGUUUACAUGACGGGUUGCAUGUGUGCGUGUGUGUUGAACUUUGUGAGUCUUUGAGUAUGUGUGCUGCAAAGGUGUAAAGGAUGUAUUUAAUCAUGACAGUUUACAUUUGGUGUCCCAAUGAAAAAACUUGUCAAGAAAAAAGAA